AUGCCAUGGCCUCAAGCCGCGGCAUGUGAAUUUCCAACCACAUCCAGGCGUUUGUUCCGAUAUUUGCAGGUGGAAAAGAAGCGUGCAACCCGGGGUCAACCUGUCAUGCGAGACUUGCCCAGCAAGGCUCCGUUGGCCACGCACCUGCCAAGCCUAUGCUGCAGAGCUUGCACCGGUCGCUCUUCACAGGUGUUCUUGUGCACGUCAGCUGUGAAGAAGGAUGAGGACCUGUGCAGUUCCUGUCUAGAACAUCAGCAGCUCUGUGCAGAACUGAGCUCGUCCGGACUAGUGCAGGAAGGGUUGAACAUCCUGCAAGAAGAUGGAGACGACGCUGAUGUCGUAGAGACAGCCUUGCUCAAGGCUCAUUGGAACUUGCAGCUGCAAGCCGCGGCGGUGCGCUUCUCUUUGAUGGUCUGCGUGUUGCAGGGAGUGCUCCAUCUCCGAUAUGUGUUGCAAGGUUAUCAUGUCAGGCAGAAGGUGCCUGCACUGCUGGAAGUGUUAACAACUGCGGCCUAUCAACAGGCUUUCGUCUUUGUGGGGGAUUCCAACAAUGCCAUCCAGAUCGCGGAGCUGCUGAAUCAGGCCGGAGUGCCUGCGGCCGCAAGCACCGGGAAGCUGGACCAAGCGUGGCGGGCGCAGGCUUUCGCCGGACUAAAACGCUUCCAGUACAGAGUCCUGGUCUGCACGGACUUGAUGGCUCGCGGCAUUGAUGCAGAGAAAGUGGAUGUGGUGGUCAACCUGAACCUGCCAACAGAGAAGGAAACCUACUUGCACCGUUCUGGGCGGACUGCCCGUUUCGGCUCGGUGGGCUGGAUGGUUUCGCUGGUUUUCGAGGGCGAUGAGGCCGAGCACUUGGAGUUCUUUCAGAAGCAGCUAGGCUUCGAGCUGGCGGAGUACGCAGACCGGGAGGCAGCUAUCCAGUCGAGGCUCGAAGCACUGAGUCUUCCGCAGGAUGCGAUGGCGCCAAGCCAAGCAGAAGUCGAGCAGUUCCCACAGCAGCCGUUUCCGACCCCAGAGAUGAGUGCCGGAGGCGAGAAAGCCAAGGAGCGAGGAGCGAAGAGCUCUGGGCUUAAGCCUCUUAGAGCAGGCGGCCCCAAGAUGCAAGCCCGGCAGGACAAACAGCGGCUGCCUGCUGACCCUUCACCAGGACCCCUGGACACAACGGCCAUCUCUUGGGACGGACGUGGUCAGAGCGUGCAUGCCACAGCCGGCCGCGGCGGGGCGUCUCCAGCCGACCGUAGCACUCCGACCGCUACAGCCACUCACAGCGCCCAUGCUCAAGCUUCGUGGGCGACGCCCUCCGCAUGCUAUCGCGGCCAUGCGCCGGCGCCGCCUCUUCAGCAUGGCAUAGGUCCAGCGCAGGCGAGUCCAGGAGCUGUUAGCAUGAAGGGCCUGGUGCCACCGCCGAUUCUACAUCCUCACGGGGCUCAUGCCGUGCCUCACAUUCAAGUUCCUGAGUGGCAGUCUUGGAUGCUGGAUUGCAGCUUUGCAGCUUGGUGGACAUACCACGAGUUCCAAGUCUGGACGCCCUGUGGCAGAAGCAUUGCGAUGUCUGGAUCGGGACCUGACAAUGCGGCACAAAAGCUCGCAGUGCUUUCGCAGCUUCUGCUUCUUAGUGCUUGGGAAAGUGAUGCAUCAGCGAGCUUAACUCAGGCCGUGCUAGACAUUGUGUUGCAUCCCAGCGUGUUCACUGUACCUGGUAGCGCCAUGUUGCGACGACAGCUUUUCCAGCUGCAUCUGCAGAACCCUGCAAAGCAAUACUACCACUCCCUGGGGUCCAUGUCUGUGCGCAGCAAGUCGAACGUGGCUGGUGAGCUGAAGAAGCCUGAAGAAGCUUCUCUAGACCUCAAUCAUUUGAUCACAGCAAACCGCUGGUCCGGCGACGAACUCGCGGCCGUGAAAACCACGCACCGGAAGCCCACUGACUGGGUUGACUGGGCAUCUUACAUGACUGUGAGGAGCCUCAGGUCGAGCUUCGACCUCUUCUCUGGUUACAAAUUCCGAACUACCUUGGGGGCUAUGCACGAGCGGGAUUGGCUUCGUCGUGUGAUCUUCUUGGAAACAGUGGCAGGAGUGCCAGGUAUGGUGGCGGGUAUGGUGCGUCAUUUGCAUUCGCUGCGUCUCAUGCGCCGAGAUCACGGCUGGAUACAUUCCUUGCUUGCAGAGGCCGAAAAUGAGCGCAUGCAUCUCCUGAUUGCACUGAAUUUGCGACGUCCUGGGCCGGUCUUCAGGGGAAUUGUCAUUGCAGGUCAGGCGGUGUUUCUCACUUGGUACAGUUUGAUGUACCUCGUCUGCCCCCGAUACUGUCAUCGUUUUGUCGGCUACCUCGAGGAGGAGGCUGUCAUCACUUACUCCAAGCUUAUCGAUGCCAUCGACGCUGACCAGCUUCCAAUGUUUUCCAACAUGAAGGCUCCGCUUUUUGCACGCCAGUACUACAACCUUCCCAAAGAAGCCAUGGUGCGCGACGUCUUUCUGCAAAUUCGAGCAGACGAAGCUUGUCAUCGCGACACAAAUCACUUCUUCUCCGAUCUGAAGCCGGACCAGCCGAACACGAAAGUCGACCAUUUGCGCAAGGGCCAUUUUCAAAACCAAAAUGUGCAUUCAGGCGUGUUGAAGCUCCAGAGAGAAGCUCAAAGCAAGGUGAUGCAUGAAACCUUUCAGAGCCUGGAUCACGAUCACGACGGCUUCAUCAGCACGGAUGAUUUGCGCUGGGCAUUCCAGCAGCAUGAUACACCCUUCAAUGAUGAAGAUUUGGACGAGAUGGUAAGGAAAGCAGACAGGAUCGCACUCACCCAGUUUGCUAUCUUCCAAAAGAAGAUGCCGCCAGAGGAGAGCAGCUACAAUGGCCGGAGCUUAAGUUUCGAUGCCUUUGCUCUGAAGAGUCUUGGCUGGGAGCCGAGACUGGCGAAGCUAAAGAUGGCCCCAGCACCCGCACCACCCGCACCCUCCUCCAUGUCCAUGGAGGUUGUGCCUCCUCGAGAGGUACGACAGGAUCUUGACGGGGGUGCCAUUCCAGGUAAAGCAGUAAUCUCUGAGGGCAGAUUCGGUCUAGGAGCUCGGAUGGCACCAUUGGAGAGCAGGUGUCGCAUCACUCAGCUUGACCGUGUCCCAACUCCCAUUCUCCAGGAGUUGGUCCAGCUUGUCAAAGCCCUUGACAAAGGAUCCUUCUGGGACGAGGCUAAGCUGACAUCCUUGACGAAGGGCUUGGGCUUGGAUGCGGGACGACUGAAACUGACGUCCUUCGCGCGGAUGCUUUUCGAGGGACCCCAAGCUGCCUUGUACCAGGUGGUCCGACAGGACUUGCAGAAAGCCAUGUCUUCGCCUGAAUGGGAUGACGGCAGCUACGCGCCGAUCCUCAUCCGUUUGGCAUGGCACUCAUCAGGCACCUACAACAAACUGGAUGGCACUGGGGGCUCCAACGGAGCCACCAUGAGACACGCUUUGGAGAUGAAUGAUCCGGAGAAUGCGUACUUGGAGCACGCCCGAGCUUUACUCGAGCCUGUGAAGGCCAAACAUCCUUGGAUCUCGCAUGCAGACCUUUGGAUCCUGGCUUCCUACGUGGCCCUUGAGAACACGAGUGGUCCAAGGAUUGCUUUCACCGGCGGGCGCGUGGACGCACCUGAAGAAAGGGCGGUCGCUCCGGGCAGGCUGCCGGGGGCCGAGCACGGCCUGGCACCAGGCAUGGAGGUUGAUGAGGAAGGCCGACUGAAGGGCUGGGAGAACCUCGCCCAGCACAUCCGUGAUGUCUUUGGGCGGAUGGGCAUCACUGACAGGGAGGCCGUAGCCCUGAUUUGCGGUGGCCACGUUUAUGGACGCUGUCAUCCAGAAUCCACUGGCUCCGGGUAUGCCGGAGCCUGGGUGGAGAUGCCAACCCUUUUCAGCAACGAGUACGCAGCAGACAUGGUCGGAGAUAAGUGGAUUGCUGUGAUGCAUGACACGGUGAUGCCAGAUGGGGGCCAAGUGCCAGAAGAGGUCCGACCUGCUCCUGGAAAGAGGCAGUAUAUUGACCUGACAAAGUACGAGGGAGAGGAAGAUGGGGAAGCCCAAGAAGCACCGGAUGCCAAAGAGUAUCCACCAGGCCGCUACAAAUGUUUGACUCAGUGGGUCAAUAUCCAUGAACAGCCGGACGUCUCCUCGCCUGUCCACGGCCGUUGCCUUCAGAAGGAGGAGCUUUCCUUCCUGGCUGUCAAAGUGUUUGGAACAGAGCUACGCGGGCUCGCAGAGCGUGGUGGCUGGAUUUCACUGGCCAGUGGGGCAGGCAAGCCUCUUUUCGAGAAGAUCUCGGAGCUAGAUCCCGAGCCGCUGCAAGGGCGCUACCGUGUCAGGGUUACCAGUGCGCCCGUCUUCGAAGCACCUUCGUCUGCUGCUCGGGAAGUUGGACAUCUGAAGGCUGGCGAGGAGGUCAGCUUGGAUGAAGUUCGCAUCGAAUGCCACGGCACGGAUGUCUCCGUCAUGGGCAGGCUUGCUGGGACCGCAGGAGGUUUUUCUGGAUGGGUGACCGUCUACGCCUCCGGCCCCGUGGGUCUGGUGUGCGAGCAGAUUGUCGAAGGCUACAACGAGAAGCCCCGCAAGCCACUCAAAGGCCAGACUGGCCAUCAAAUGAUGCUGGUUUCGGACAUGGUACUGCUGUGGGAUCCCGGUUUUAGGGAGCACCUCGAGGCAUAUGCCGAAGACGAGGACUUGUUGAAGCGCGAGUUUGGGGAGGCUUUCAAGAAGCUCACCGAGCUCGGCUGCCCUUGGUCCAAGGAUGCUCCUGGUCCAGCUACUGGCUGUGCAGCGGUCACAGCUGGUCGCUGCCCUUUUGUGCAGUGA